AAAGCUUUUAACAAACGCCAACCAUUCAUUUUCUUGGCUCGUGACCUGACCCCAAAAAAUGCACGCUCUCUUAACCAAGGCCACACCAUUAGAUUGGGGAAUAAAUUAAUAACAAUGAUAAGGGACCCAACAAAAGUUAUGCAAAUCUGAAACAAAUAAAUCAAAUGGCCACAACAACACGACUUGCCCAUCAAACUUUCCGGCUAAAUGCCGCCGUUAGCUUCACUUCUUGUCAACCGGGCGCCAGAGGACUCACUAGACUUCCUCUCCCUACAAAAGUUUUUAAGUCAAGAAAUUUAGCCGUUAAGACUAACCAAAAUUUGAAAUGGGCAGUUAGGCUAAACUUAGUGAACCAAAGCAGCCCGCCUAAAUCAACGGUGGACGUGGAACGGUUAGUGGGUUUUUUGUAUGAUGAUCUUCCACACUUGUUUGAUGAUCAGGGGAUUGAUCGGGCGGCGUACGAUGAACAGGUCAAGUUCAGGGACCCCAUUACCAAGCAUGAUACUAUAGGUGGCUAUCUCUUUAACAUUUCGCUGUUGAAGAAACUCUUCAGGCCUGAUUUUCAGUUGCACUGGGUCAAGCAGACAGGACCAUAUGAGAUAACCACAAGGUGGACUAUGGUGAUGAAGUUUGUCCUUCUGCCAUGGAAACCAGAAUUGAUAUUUACUGGCACCUCUGUUAUGGGAAUUAAUCCAGACACUGGGAAAUUUUGCAGCCAUGUGGAUUUUUGGGAUUCCAUAGUGAACAAUGACUACUUUUCACUGGAAGGUUUGUGGGAUGUAUUUAAGCAGUUACGAGUUUACAAGACCCCUGACCUGGAAACGCCAAAAUAUCAGAUACUCAAAAGAACUGCAAACUAUGAGGUUAGAGAAUACACCCCAUUUGUCGUGGUAGAAACUAAUGGAGACAAGCUAUCUGGGUCCUCUGGUUUCAAUGAUGUUACUGGGUAUAUUUUCGGAAAAAAUUCCACAAUGGAGAAGAUACCUAUGACAACUCCUGUUUUCACUGAGGCAUACGAUGCUGAUAUGUCAAAAGUAUCCAUCCAAAUAGUUCUUCCACUCAACAAAGAUAUGAACAGCUUACCAGGUCCUAAUCAAGAAACAGUUAGCUUGAGAAAGGUAGAAGGAGGCAUUGCUGCAGUACUAAAGUUUAGUGGAAAACCUACUGAGGAUAUUGUUUAUGACAAAGAGAAAGCAUUGCGCUCUAGUCUUAUCAGAGAUGGUCUCAGACCUAAGAAAGGUUGUUUGCUGGCUCGAUACAAUGAUCCAGGCCGAACAUGGAGCUUUACAAUGGCUGGUUUCAUUGAAGAGGAAUGAAGUGCUGAUAUGGCUUGAGGAGUUCUCACUGGAUUAGUAUACUCAUGGUCAUACUGUCUCACUCCUUGUCUGUCUUCUUAGCCUUGAAGUGGCCUUGAGACUUUGUUCAGAAAAGUGCUGAUGGAUGUACUGGUACAGGCAUGUAUCAAAGGAUAUUUAUUUGGCUAGUGAACAUAUUUGGAAAUUUUUGCAGUUGUAAAGAUGCAUACUCUUAUACGAAUGGAAAAUUCUUCCACGAUCCAUACUAA